CACGACUUGUGGACGGUAAACUGACCUACUUUUAACAUGACUAAUGGGAAAGUUGUCCUAAAUAGCAACCAUAAGCUGUUUUUUAAAUGAGGACAUCAUAUAUCACUAGUAUGACAGGCGAUAAAACAGUCAGUUUGCUGUUAAACGGUUUCACGCUGAACUAUGACUCAGUAUAAGCGGUUUUUAUGUUGAGAUUUGUUCCUUUAGCCUCCACGCCCACCAAACCAAAGAAACGGGCGAUUCAGAAGCUUAACGGACACUUGUGUCCGUCCUCAAAGAAGUUAAAAAGUAAAUAAAAUGCGUGAAAACAUCAGCUCGCGGUCUGUUUUGGACUUUAUGAAACUGGAGGCGUUCGUGAACCGUCCUCCAGCCGGAUUCACCGUGGAGCGGCGCCCGGGGUGCAGACUCCUGAAAUGGGAUCCUGAGAAAAGCUGCGUCUUCAUCGAUGACAUCCAUUCUAGAGAGGGAAAAGUAAUCUUCUACAAUUCCCCAGGAAGGAAAAUCACGGUACGUACUUUGGGAGAGUACACUGAUUUAAGACGACAACUGACCUUAAAGACGAUUUACAUACUAGUGUCUGCUUAUGACAACACUAAAGGCGAAGAGAAGAGCAACGGAGAUGUUCCAGCUGCUGAAUAUUACGUGUUGGCGAUAAACGGCAGUCAUCCAAUGAUCAGAUGGGAGAUGGAGAGAGGCUUGGACAAGACCAUUUCAUCUGUCGCUGGAGAGAGCUAUACAGUUGAUGUUGAUGUUAGUGCAGCACUACAGGGAUGGAUGAGGGAGAACGCUCAAGCUCUUGCUGAUAUGGAAAAGGUAGAACGAACCUGGAAAGACACACACUUCACCAUAAAGUAUCGAUCUGAUGCCCUCUUUGACUUUCCCUACUGGUUUGGCUUCAGCAAACGACAGUUCAAGGUCUCUUACCAUGGAAGAUGAUAUCAACACAAUUUGAGACAGAAAAUGUCAACUUAAAGGAUUAGUUCACCCCAAAAUUUACUCACAAUUAAGCCAUCCUCUGUGUAUAUGUCUUUCUUCUUUCAGACAAACACAGUUGGGGAAGUUUUACAUUUUAUUCAGUUUUUUUUUCAUGCUGUAUAAUGAUGCUGACUAGUGGCUCUCUUUCAAAGCAUACAAAAGCAAUUAAAGCAUUACGUCACGUUACAAAGUAUACAAAGAAAUGUGUGCCGAGCCCCCGAUGGCACAUUCACUGCUUACUAAUAAAGUAACAGUGCCAAAUACUGGCCUGGCAAACAUAAUACAAAGAGAUCAUUUUGAAAACACUGUCAAGUAGAUGGUGUAUGGUUAGUUUAAUGAUGCAUUUAAAAACAUUUUCAAAAUGCAAAGUAAAAAUGCCUUUUUUGACUACAUAGUGGUUGUGUAAAUAUAGACUAAGAGAAGAAGAGUUUGAAUUUUUUGCACAAGUAUAUUUGAACCAGAGUAAAUCAUCAUCAUCAUCACCACCAGCAUCAUAGUCGAGUCAGAGGUCAGUCAAGAAGAUGUCUAGUUAUUAUAUUUAAAUAUUGAAUAUGUUGCUUACUGUUUUUGACCUUUGUUAUUAACUCAAUUAUUUAGUUUUUAUGACUUUAUUUUGAGUUUAUUAUUUAUAAAAUUGUAAAUAUUUUUGGUAAUUUUUGCAACAUUUCAAGCUUUAAAAAAAGGGCCAUUACCCUACACCAUUAUACAGCAUGGAAGGGCCAGGAUAAGGUUUACAGGAUUCACACAGUUAUGGAAAACCUGGAAAAGUCAUGGAAUUUUGACAUGGCAUUUUCCAGGCCUAGGAAAGCUUUGGAAAAACAGAAAAACCCACAAAGUUUUGGAAAAGUCAUGGAAAACAUAUCUGUAUACUUGAAUAUAGGUUAUUUACUUCUUUUCUGUCCUUGAUCAAUCACAUACUCUCACAUUAUUAGUGCUGUGUAAGCAUUAUUUAAAUCAGUUUUACAUAGAUAUAGAUAUAAAUUGAAACUAAAUAGAUUGCUGCAUGUUUUACGAUAUGCUGUAAUAAAUUUGAACAUGCAUUGUUUUUCUUUUAUCACGCGUAUGUAGACAUUGCAUGAAACAUUAGCUCAUGAUAAUUUACUUGAAGGUCUUGGAAAAGUCAUGGAAAUUUAGUAGUAAAAAUGUGUAUGAAUGAACCCUGGGAUUAAAACUACUCCAGCUGUGUUUAUCUGAAAGAAGAAAGUCAUAUACAACGAUGAUGGCUUGAGGGUGAUUAUAUUAUUCAUUUUUGACUGAACUAUUUCUUUAAUUCAGGAAUCAAAGUACACAGAUGAGGAGACUACGAGAGUUAGGAAACUGUUGUUCAUUAAAGCACCUUUAAGGACCAUUUUACUGUAAAUAAAACUUUAUUUUCUCACGUUAGCAAUAAUAAAAAAAACAAUAAUAAAUAUUGUUAAAUAAUUAUGUUGAAG